AUGGAUGCUCAGGUUUGCCCUGAGCCUUUCUUUAGGCUUCUGAACCUGCGCAAGCUGGGUCUGAGUGACAAUGAAAUCCAGAGACUUCCCCCUGAGGUUGCCAACUUCAUGCAACUGGUGGAACUGGACAUCUCCCGUAACGACAUUCCAGAAAUUCCUGAAAGCAUCAAAUUCUGCAAAUCCUUGGAAAUCGCAGACUUCAGUGGGAAUCCUCUCUCCAGGCUUCCAGAGGGCUUCACACAGCUUCGGAGCCUGGGCCAUUUGGCUUUGAAUGAUGUGUCCCUGCAGAGCCUCCCCAGUGACAUUGGGAAUUUGGCAAACCUGGUGACUUUGGAGCUACGUGAGAACCUGCUAAAGACUCUCCCCACUUCACUCUCCUUCCUUGUCAAGUUAGAACAGUUGGAUCUUGGUGGCAAUGAUCUGGAAGUACUGCCAGAUACUCUGGGAGCGCUACCCAACCUGCGUGAGCUUUGGUUAGACCGGAACCAGCUCUCAGCCCUGCCUCCGGAACUGGGCAAUCUCCGCCGCUUGGUCUGUCUGGAUGUGUCAGAGAACAAGCUGGAGCAGUUGCCCAACGAGGUCAGUGGGCUAGUAGCACUGACGGACUUGCUCCUGUCACAGAACCUGUUGGAAUGCAUUCCAGAUGGGAUUGGUCAGCUGAAGCAGCUCUCCAUCCUCAAGGUGGACCAGAAUCGGCUGACAGAGGUGACAGAGUCAAUUGGGGACUGCGAAAAUCUGUCAGAACUCAUCUUGACAGAGAACAUGCUGACAGCCUUACCAAAGUCCCUCGGCAAGCUGGCCAAGCUGACGAACCUGAAUGUGGAUCGGAACCGGCUAACAUCCCUUCCAGCUGAGAUUGGAGGCUGUGCCAAUCUGAAUGUGCUGUCCUUGCGAGACAAUCGCCUGGCCCUCCUGCCACCAGAGCUUGCCAACACCACUGAGCUUCAUGUCCUGGAUGUGGCCGGAAACAGACUGCAGAACUUGCCAUUUGCUUUGACAAAUCUUAACCUGAAAGCCCUGUGGCUGGCAGAAAAUCAGUCCCAGCCCAUGCUGAAAUUCCAAACAGAGGAUGAUGAGAAGACAGGAGAAAAAGUUCUCACUUGUUACCUGCUUCCCCAGCAGCCCUCUCCUAGCCUAGAGAAUCUUUUGCAGAACAGUGUGGAUGAGAGCUGGACGGACACCAAUUUAAACAGAGUCAGUGUGAUUCAGUUCCUGGAUGAACCCAAAGUAGAUGAUGAAGAGGAGUCUGGAGCUGAGAGACGGGGCUUACAGCGCAGAGCAACCCCUCAUCCCAGUGAACUGAAGGUUAUGAAGAAAGUGAUUGAAGUUCGGCGCAAUGAGGUAUAUGCUGCAAAGCCUGACACGGACCUGAAUUCUCCUAACUCAGAAGAGAAGAGGCUGAGCGCCAUGUCAAAUCGCAGUGAGGACUCCCACCUUUCCAACAGCACUGGCUCUGCUGACUUUAGGGGAGAGGAGGAGGAGGGAGAGAGGAGCUGGCCAAACGGGAAAGUGCCUGAGACGCAGGAGCUGGAGGAGGCGGCAAAGCCCAGAGCUGAAGAGGAGCGUAAGGAAGCUGUUGACCAAGAGGAGGAAGAUGUGGAAGUGGAAUACAAUGAGCCCACUGUACACUUUGCUGAGGACACACUAAUACGGAGCGAGGAUGAAGAUGAAGAUGAAGAGCGACCAUUCCCAGUGGAAAAACAGAGGCUUAUCCGCAAGGACACACCCCAUUAUAAGAAACACUUUAAGAUAACUAAACUGCCCAAGCCAGAGGCAGUGGUGGCACUCCUGCAGGGGCUGAACAGUGAUGGAGUCCCCAAAGAGGAAGAGGAGUUAGGAGGCUGCAAUAACAACACAGAGCCUGAGGAUCAGGAGGAAGCAUGGGAUGAGGAUGACAGAAAGAAUAGAGCGUUAUCUGCUCAGCCAUCAGUGAAGGGGGUGUCGUUUGAUCAAGCCAAUAAUCUGCUGAUUGAACCUGCUCGCAUUGAGGAGGAAGAGUUGACACUGACUAUCGUGCGGCAGACAGGGGGGCUGGGCAUCAGCAUCGCAGGGGGCAAGGGCUCCACCCCCUAUAAGGGUGAUGAUGAGGGCAUCUUUAUUUCCCGUGUGUCAGAAGAGGGUCCUGCAGCUCGUGCAGGGGUUCGUGUUGGGGACAAGCUUCUGGAGGUGAAUGGCGUGUCCCUGCACUGCGCUGAGCAUCACGUGGCGGUGGAAGCUCUGCGUGGAUCAGGAAGCUCCGUCUCCAUGACAGUUCUGCGGGAGCGGAUGGUGGAGCCAGAGAAUGCCAUCACUGUCACACCGCUGCGCCCUGAGGAUGACUACAGCCCUCGUGAGAGGCGAGGUGGUCUACGCUUCCCAGAGCGACCUGAGGGGGCACCUCCCACAGAGAGAUAUUCCACCUGCCUUAUGCGCAAUGAGAAGGGCCUGGGCUUCAGCAUUGCUGGUGGCAAAGGCUCCACACCCUACCGGGCUGGUGACACGGGGAUCUUUAUCUCACGGAUUGCAGAGGGUGGUGCAGCCCAUCGGGACGGGAUCCUGCACGUAGGAGAUCGGGUCAUCUCGAUCAAUGGGGUAGACAUGACAGAAGCCAGGCAUGAUCAGGCAGUAGCGCUGCUUACUGCAUCCUCCCCCACCAUCGUGCUGCUGGUAGAGAGAGAGGGUGCAGAGCAGCUCAGCGAGGGAGACUCACCAGGCGUGCCACGAGUGCGCAUGCACUCCCCACCACCGCCUCCCAGCCAUGGGGAGAGCCCACCGGAGGAGGCGCCUUCGCUGCAAAGGAACCAUCUGUCUAAAGGCCUGGAGGAUCAAUAUCCCAUUGAGGAAAUUCACCUUGUAAAAGCAGGUGGUCCCCUGGGACUCAGCAUUGUAGGAGGCAGUGACCAUUCAAGCCAUCCAUUUGGGAUUCAUGAACCAGGUGUCUUCAUUUCAAAGGUCAUUCCCCGUGGACUGGCAUCUCGCAGUGGGCUCCGUGUAGGGGACAGGAUCCUGGAGGUAAAUAGUAUUGACCUGCGCCAUGCUACCCACCAGGAAGCAGUGAAUGCCCUGCUCUCCAACACCCAGGAGCUGACUAUGUUAGUAAGGCGAGAUCCGCCACCACCUGGUAUGCAGGAAAUAUGCAUUGAAAAGGCUCCAGGAGAAAAGCUGGGCAUCAGCAUCCGGGGUGGAGCAAAAGGUCAUGCUGGAAAUCCAUUUGAUCCCACUGAUGAAGGCAUCUUCAUUUCUAAGGUGAGCUCCUCUGGCGCUGCGGCCCGGGAUGGCCGUCUGAAGGUGGGAAUGCGGAUCCUGGAGGUGAAUCAUCAGAGUUUGCUGGGAAUGACACAUACAGAAGCAGUACAGAUACUCCGAAGUGUGGGUGAUGCGCUGCUUGUGCUAGUGUGUGAUGGCUUUGAUCCCAAGGCUGCAGCUGCCAUUGAGAUGUCCCCAGGAAUUAUUGCAAACCCUUUUGCUGCUGGUAUUGGGCGCAAGAAUAGCCUGGAAAGUAUCUCUUCUAUUGAUCGGGAUUUAAGCCCUGAAGAACUGGAGAUCCUACAGAAGGAGAUGGAAAUGGUGAGAGAAGCAACUCAAUGGGAGAGAGAAGAAAUGGAGAAAGUGGAGUGGAUGCGUAGGGAGCGGGAGGCAGCCACACAGCAACUUGAGGAGGAGGCAGAGAAUAUCACCAGUGAACCUUUGAGACUGGACUAUCGGACCCUGGCUGCUUUGCCCAGCAGUGGCUUACAGAGAGUCAAUCGCACUCUUGUUCAGUAUAAUAAGGCCAGCUCCAGAAUGGAGGGUGACUGCACUAUGCUGUCUCUGCCAGUGGCACAGGACAGCCGGGAUUCAUACCCAGAAACAGCUGCAGGCCCGAUCAUCAGAAGCAUGGCUGGCCUUCCUCAGGACCCUGCAUCACCUGACAAGUGCACAAGUGGGGCAGAAAAGCCCCAACUAGACAAGCAGGAUCCCACGGGUUGCCCCUUGUCCCAGGACCAGAUGCCAAAGACACCAGAGCAAGAGUGUAUGAUCGACUCUCAGCCGAUCCUCUUCAGUGAGAACCCCUUUGUGGUGGCUAACCGCAAGGGGAAAGCAGCAGGCAAGGCUUGCCUGGGGGGCCCGCCCCUGGGCUAUGGCAGGGGGGGAGUGCUGAAGACCAACCUUUACUCCAAGGCUCCUGCAGGCGAGUCUGGGACAGGAAAUUUGAGACGUGAAACCCCCUAUUCUCCUAAUAAUCAGCAGAUGCCUGCAGCCCCUCGGCCUGCUCAUCUCUCAGGCAGGGAGACCCGCUUUGCUUCCAUUAACUUCAUUACAUCACAGGAUGACAGUAAAUCAACCAAGCCAGGCGUCAUUCAGCCUCUUUCCCGAGUGCGACAAAAUGCUGCCUCACAUAAUUCCGAGGACGGGGACAGCCCUAACCCCUUCCAGCAACCUGAGCUGUGCUUCAAUAUCCAGAACUCUCAAAAGCCGCCUUCACCACCAUCUCCUGACGAGAUCCCCAUCAAUGUCAAGCAAGCAUACAAGACCUUUGCAGCAGUGCCCUUGUCACACCCUCUGCUUGAGACACAGGAAUUGCCUGGUCAGACCAGCACAGAGAAUCCCAAAACUGCCCUGGAGGUGGCCACGCACAGCCCCAGUGGACUGCACAGCCCUGAGCAGAGAUCCUUCCGCGAGAGGCAGAAGUAUUUCGAAAUUGAGGUGAAGCAGCAGCAGAUGGAUAAGCCUCCCAAGCGUGUCUCCUUGGUAGGAGAGGAUGACCUGAAGAAAAUGAAAGAGGAGGAAGCUCGAAAACUGCAGCAGAAACGUACCCUUCUGUUGGAGGAAGAGGCAGAAGAGGAUGAGAUGGUAAAACAGGUGCCUGAGAUGAGCAUGCAGUCCAGUGUCAUCAUUGAAGGAGUUGAGUACAAGAUUGAGAGACUAAAUGGAAGGAGCAUCCAGGCUCCAGCUACUCGGCCCUCUGAGGUCAAUGAGAACAGCAGCUCACAGAGGAAUUCACUGGAAGAGGGAAUCAAGCCUGAGCAGAGAACCAACUCUAUGUCUGGGUUGAGUCCAUUAUAUCUUGGAGCAGGGGAUCCAGUGGCACCUGUGCGGACAGCCAAAGCUGAACGGCGGCACCAGGAGCGAUUGCGAAUGCAGAGUCCUGAGCUUCUGAGUGGUCAAGAGAAGGAGCUUUCUCCAGCAGAACGUCGUGCCCUGGAGGCAGAGAAACGAGCAAUGUGGAGGGCAGCACGAUCCUCAGCUCUUGAAGACAGUAUUAAACAGUACGAGCAGGAUCUGGCCAGGAAGUUGUACCAGUCCCGACAGUGGGCACCUGCUCCUGGGGCCAGGCCAGCUCAGAUGUCUAGUCCAAUGCAGAGUCACGCCUCAAGAAUCCCUGGGUCAGGAAGCCAAUCCAGGAUGAAAUCCCUUGAACAGGAUGCUCUUAAAGCGCAAAUGGUUAUUGCCAAGUCCAAGGAGGGGAAAAAACGCAGCACACUGGAGCAGCUGGCAGAGUCACCUUCACCUGUUCCUACCCCAUCACCAACACCACUGGAAGAUUGCAGUCCCAGAAACAUCACUUCACCGGGAAGGCUGUCCAUGUCUGAAAAGAAGUUUGACUACCGGGAAUUUGCUGCUAUUCCUUCCUCCAAACCUGUUUACGAAAUCCAGUCACCUGAUGCAGCUGAUGACCUCAGAUUCACAGAUGACAGAAAUAACUCAGUUCUCCAGGAGCAGGAUGGGCAGCCAGAGGAAGAGGAAAUGUUAGUAACACGUGAUUCAUCAACACCUACUUCAUCAGCACUUGAAGAAAUGGCCUUGUACAGCAGCAAACGCAAACUCCGACACAGCCGGCGCAGUUUGGAGGCUGCUGUCCCUACGUAGAAGAUCUGAUGCACCUGGGCGAUGGAAUAGCCCAGCACAGGGCUUUUGAGCUUCCUGUGCUCCAGGGACAGCACUGGACUGCCCACACUGCUGCCUCCUGGACUCUGGAUGGGAACUGAGCACCCCAGGGAGCAUUGUGGUCAACUAACUUCCUUUAAGGCUGUGAACCGCCCUCUUUUCUCACCCAAUAAUGCACUGGGGCACGUCCUAAACAAAAUGGGACAACACUAGACUUAUUGAUGGCAAAUUGAGAGGAGGUGUGGGUAGGACAGUGGGCAGCUGCAGCUUGUUAGCCUGUAAAUAUUGUGUGUGUGGGAAGGGUAGGACAGGGAGAACAUAUGAGUGUGAGACUGCGUUGGGCUCCAGCUGUUAUUUCCUCAACUUGGAUUUUUUAGUGGUUAAUAUGGGAGCUUCUACUCUGGUAUGAAUUAGAAGGAAGGUCCAGCCUGCCUUUGCUCCUAUUUAAUUUCCAGUCUUUUGCCAAAAAGCAUCUCCUUCCACCUCCCGCACCGUGUCACCUCACUUUCUUUUGGGAGUAUGUGGAAAUGGGUAGCUUGGAGGCAAAAAAAAAAAAAAAGA